CUUCGUUUCAACCCCGCACGCCUCUUCUCUCUCUCCUCUUCUUCCCCGCCACCACCCACCCCGCAUAUAAAUAUAUCCACAAUCCAAAUCCAAAUCCAUAAUUCAUUAUUAACCCCUAAAAAUCUUAAUUACCCAGAGAAAUGGGGAACAGCAUCGGCGGCAGGGGGAAGAAGGCGGCGAAGGUGAUGAAAGUGACCGGGGAGACGUUCAAGCUGAAGACGCCGGCCACGGCAAACGACGCCGUCAGGGACUACCCGGGCCACGUCCUCCUGGACUCCGAGGCCGUCAAGAACUUCGGGAUCCGGGCCCGGCCGCUCCAGCCCGGCCAGGACCUCAAGCCCAACAAGAUCUACUUUCUGGUCGAGCUGCCCAAACUCCCGGAAAAUUCAAAUCCGCAGCCACAGGAGCAACGCGGGGCUCGGCGCGUGAGAUCCGGGAUCCACGUCAGCGCCAAGGACCGCCUCGAUUUCCUCAUGCUCUCCAAGCGAUCCGUGUCGGAUCUCACCGGGAACCGGACCAGCGCCGCCGAGGCCGAGGUGGGCCCCAGCGGGUCGAUGCGCGUGAAGGUGCGGCUCCCGAGGGCGCAGGUGGAGCGGUUGGUGGCGGAGAGCAGCGGCGGUGCUGAGGUGGCGGAGAAGAUUAUCGAUCUCUAUAUGGGGAAUUCCGGCGCGGUGAUUGGCGGCGGCAGCAGGGGAAACUCGCAGCGGCAUGUUCACUGGCGGCCGGAGCUCGUGAGCAUUGAAGAAAGUUUGAAGAUGCACGAGAAGAAGGAAGUGAGUUUUGUUGCAGCUGAUCAAGGAGAAAGUCGUGCAGGCCAUUUAUAGUAGCAAGCCCCUUUUUUAUGGCCGCUGUGAUCAAAGUUCUGCACUUAAUUUGUUCCUGUUUCUUUGAUUCAAUCGCUUUUGUAUAUUAUUCUGUUGUUGAUUAAGUGUAAUAUACAACAUUGUUGAAUCUGUAGCCUCAACAAGUUUGUAUAGCGAGGCGGCGAGAGCUCGUUGGUUAUAUAUACAGCGUUCAGCUCCGCGCAUAGCUAUAUAGUGAGCAAAUAAUCAUUGGAAUUAGUUGCUUCGGUUUGAAUUAAUUAGUUG